AUGUCUUCGGUGAACGUCAUCACUGACAGCCGUCUCUUUGUCAGCGAGCCCGAUCCUCGCUGGUUUGGAAAUCCACGAAACCCGACAGAUGCAGUGGCCCAGGGCUGGACGAACCAGAACUGGCUAAAGUCAAGAUUCCACUUCAACUUUGCAGAGUACCACGAGGGCCCCAGCAGUUUUGGAGUGCUGCGCGUGAUGAACGAUGACCUGGUUCAGGGGGAGAGGGGCUUCGGCGAGCACCCGCACAGGGACAUGGAGAUAUUGACCCUCAUAGUGGAUGGAGAGCUGACACACAAGGACCGGUUCAAAGCUCGACAGCUAAGACUCCAAGGGCAACAGGAGACCUUGGAUCGUGGCGGGAUCCAGUUCAUGUCCGCAGGUACUGGCAUCUACCACUCUGAGCACAACUUAGCCAAGUCACCGCUUCGGUUCAUCCAGUGCUGGAUUGCAGCUCGGCAAAAGUUAGCAGAGUGGGUGCCACGGGCUCGCGGCUUGAAGCCUCACUAUGGCUCCAGCCUCGGUGGCAAGGAGGCAGCGGCGGCUCGAAAGGAUCAGUGGGCACACCUCGUCUCGGAUGAGAUGUCUUCAGCGCGGACGAAAAUCAAGAUCAACCAAGAUUGCAAUGUCUUCGCCACGGAGCUCUCAGCCGGCAAGACCUCUCAGCCCUUCUCGAUUGCUGGCCGCCAAGCCUACAUGCUGUGCGUGGAGGGUGAGUAG